CCAUGCGUUUGGAUUUCAGUCGUUUGUUUCGGGGACGUUUGAAUGCAGUUUCGCUUGUUCACAGGUGAAAGUAAACACAGGGACCCCUCCCCACGCACGCCCUGCUUAGUUCCACUCAUGAAACAUUAAAGCGUUUCCGGUGGUCCUCCCGCAUCCCAAUAACACACUUUAGUCAGUUAAAACAUAUUAACACCCACUGGAGGUAACAGGCCAUAAAGAAUAUACCAUACCUUUCUACAUUUUUGGCCGUGUGCUAUUCGUAUUUCUUUUGUUUUUAUAAUCUUGCAUUGCCUUUUAAAACAGUAUCGCAUCUUUCUGCGCUUUUCUGCUGUUCACUCCCUGAUAUAUAGUCAUUCUGGAUGGACUAGUGAGUGAACUGUUGUGUAUAGGUGUGUGCUACUGUGCUUACGUGAGCGAGUCAGUGUGUCGUUACUGUAAGUUUACCCCAGACACCCGGCGCAUCAGAACGUUGAAGAGAACAGGCUACACCAAAUCCUUUCCAAAGGGAUCAUCACAGCACCAGAAAGACUCGCUGAUUGGACUGGGAUACCACAAUGACCUCAAAGUCUAAAGAUAAAGACAAGGAAAAAUCGGAGAAGGCUUUAGCUGCCGACAAAGAGCAGUUUGUCAAAUCACAGCUGAACAGCAUCACCAAAUGUAUCAACACUUCAGAGACUUCCCUCAAGGAGAAACAUGCCCGCAACAUCAUCCUUGGCACUCACAAGGAGGGUGGUGCGGUGACCUUCUGGUCACACGCAGUGAGCCUGCCCUUGUCCAGCAAUGCCAUCCUCAGUUGGAAGUACUGUCACAUGGUACACAAAAUCCUACGAGAUGGGCACCCCAAUUCCUUGAAGGACACAUAUGGGCACUGUCCAAGCAUCAAACAGAUGGGCUCACUGUGGGGGAGUCUCCAUGAUCGAUAUGGUCAUAUUGUUGCACUGUACGUCAAGUUCUUGGCCAUCAAAAUUGAAUUCCACAAAAAGCACUCCACCAUCCCUGUGACACUGGAAGCCUCAGAGGAUGUCCUGGAGAGAGCAAUGGCCGUUGACAUCAAUAGAGUGUAUGAGAUGACUCUAGAGGUGCUAGACUAUAUGGAUGCAGCUCUGAAACUCGAAGAAACAGCGUUUGGGCAGCUGGACACCCACGAGAUCAGCCCGACUGCGGUAGUGGCUCAGUGUCGCCUGGCCCCUCUGGUGCUGGUCAUCCAGGACUGCAGUCCCCUCUACCACCUGCUGGUCAAGCUGCUCUUCAAACUCCACAGCCGGGUACCUGUGGAUUCACUGCUGGAACAUCGGGAACGAUUCCGUAACCAGUUCAAUGGAUUGACAGCGUUCUUCAAGAGAGCCAGGGACAUUGAGUUCUUCAGAAAGAUCAUUGAAAUUCCUGAAUUACCAGAGUCCCCUCCAAACUUCCUGCGUGCAGCUGCGUUGGCGGAGCAUGUGAAGCCCGUGGUGGUGACUCAGCCUGAAGUCGCAGAGGAGCAGCCUGCGUGGGGCGAGGGGCCGGCCAUGGGCUACCCAAUGUCCUAUGCAUACAAUCAGUAUCCUGAACCCUCUGAAGAUGGAUUUGAAAUAAGAGAACCAGAGGUGGAGACACUGAGGAAACAGCUGGAAGCUAUAAAACCAGAGCUGCAUUCACUCAAAGCUGAGGCUCAGCGCAGUGUCACCCACCUGCAAACACAGGUGCUUCAGCUGGAGGCCGAGCUGGAGGAGCAGCGUGACCAGAAACAGGUGGCGCUGGUGGAGCGCGAGCAGAUGCGCAUGGAGUUGGAUAUGCUGCGAGCCGCCGGCCACGCCACACAGUUUGCCGCCGUGGAGGAGGCGGGGAGUCGAGCCCAGGCUGCACAGAUGCACUUCUCCAAGCUGAAGGAGAAGCACGCAGAUCUGGUGUCCAGACACGCAGACCUCAUGAGAAAGAAUGCAGAGACAGUGAAGCAGCUGUCCAGUAUGCAGGAGGCCAAGGAGGAACUUAUCAAGGGCAGACGGCAGCUGGCAGAGGACCUAGAGAGAAUGAGGAUGGGGAACAGCUCUCAGCUGCAGAAUCAGCAGCUGGAGAUUGACCGCUUGAGGAGGGAGUUGGACAGCAGCAGAGCUCAGAUGGCGCAGGUCAACAGCACCCUUCACAACAAAGAGCAGGCCAGUGAGCAGAUGAACAGCAUGCUGCAGGGCCUGCAGGCUGAGCGUGAUCAGCUGAGGAGGUCUGUGAUGGAGCAGGAGGCCCAGAUCGCCCAGCUGCAGCAGAGCUCAACUCUACAGCACUCCAGCCUGCAGCAGGACAGGGACCGCAGCCAGAGGGAGAUCGCAGCACUGCAGCAACAGCUCCUGGACAAGGAGCGUCGUGAGGAGGAACAGAGGCGUGAGAUUGAGCGGCUGAAGAGAGAGCUAGAGGAGAAGAUGAUGGAGGCGACCCGGGCUCAAGGGGCGUUGCAGUAUAAAGAAACGGCCAGUGAGCAGAUGAACAGCAUGCUGCAGGGCCUGCAGGCUGAGCGUGAUCAGCUGAGGAGGUCUGUGAUGGAGCAGGAGGCCCAGAUCGCCCAGCUGCAGCAGAGCUCAACUCUACAGCACUCCAGCCUGCAGCAGGACAGGGACCGCAGCCAGAGGGAGAUCGCAGCACUGCAGCAACAGCUGCAUGAAACGGCUGGCCGUGAAGCUAACCUUAAGCAGAAGCUGCAGGAUGAGCAGUUUGCCCUGCUGCAGUGUGCGGUGGUGGAGGCCGAGGGCAUCGUGCUGGAUGCCCUGGCCAAGGUGGAUGACCCUCUGCAUGUGCGCAGCACCUGCUCGCCAGACUACCUGAUCAACCGGGCCGAGACGACUCUGGGCUCCAUCGACAAGAUGCAGCAAAGUCACACCGGCUACCUCCGAAACAAGGAUGAUGCCAGUGGUUUGCUGCGAGCUGUUACCCAGUUUUCUCACCUGGCUGCGGACACCAUUGUCAAUGGAGCAGCCACAGCACACUCUGCUCCUGUGGACCAAGCUGACCGUAUGAAUGAGAACUGCAGAGAGUGCGCCACCCGCUGCCUGCAGUACCUGAAGGAGCUGAAGCUGCAGCCCACCCUCCCGGGGGCAGAGCCCUCGGCCAUCCGCUACAUCAUCCAGCGCAUCCUCACCUUAGGACAGGACCUGCGGCCUAAAGGCAUGGAUGUCAAGAAGAAAGAGUUGGGAGAUAUUGUAGACCAGGAGAUGACUGCUACUUCUGCUGCCAUUGAAGAGGCUGUGCUGAGAAUGAGUGAAAUACUAAACAGCACCAAGAGUGGCGCACCUGGAGUAAAACUAGAAGUCAACUCAAGCAUCAUCCAUUCCUGUUCCGACCUCAUGAAGGCUGUGCAUAUGUUGGUCACGUCAGCGACAGACCUCCAGAAAGACAUUGUGGAGAGUGGAAGAGGAGCAGCAUCUGUGAAAGAGUUCUACGCCAAGAAUUCCUGCUGGACAGAAGGCCUCAUUUCUGCAUCUAAGGCAGUGGGAUGGGGAGCAACGCAACUGCUUGACUCUUCUGACAGGAUCGCUUUAGACCAGGGCAAGUACGAGGAGGUGAUCGUCUGCUCCCACGAGAUUGCUGCCAGCACAGCCCAGCUCGUCGCCGCCUCAAAGGUGAAGGCGGAUCGCAACAACAAGAAGUUGCAAAGGCUGCAGCAGGCCUCUCGUCAUGUGACUGACAUGGCGGCGGCUGUGGUGACUUCCACCAAGUCGGGCCAAAUGAAGAUUGAUGAUAUGGAGGUCAUGGACUUCUCUGGGGUGUCCCUGAUCAAGCUGAAGACUGAAGAGAUGAAUACUCAGGUGCGUGUACUAGAGCUGGAGUCUCAACUGUCCAAAGAGCGUGUGCGUCUCGGGGAGCUCAGGAAGAAACACUACGACAUCGCCAGUUCUCCCACCGAAGCAGGGCCGACUAUGCCGAAUAUGGACGACUUUGCCGACUUACCCCCUCCCCCUCCCCCCACGCUGUUCGUCCCCGAUGCCUAUAGCAACAGUAGCCCUUUCCCCCCAGCUCCCACUGUGGUUCGAGAGUCCUACGGCAACAGUAGCGCUUUCCCCCCGGCACCCACCUCUGUUCCCCAGUCCUACAGCAACAGUAGCGCUUUCCCCCCGGCUCCCACCGUUGUUCCCCAGUCCUACGGCAACAGCAACCCUUUUGCCCCGGCUCCUACAAGCAACCCCUUUAUGCCGGCUUUCAGUCCCAACAGGGCCCCCACCCCAGAGCCCCAUCCCUCUGAACCCCCUAAGACCACCAAGAAACCCAAUAUCUUCCAGAAGUCUGGGACACUACUGAAGAGUGCAUUUCACAGACCACAGUCACAGACCUGAUGUCUAACAAGACUGGACAUUUGAAGAUGAAUGGGUGCUGAGUUUGAAGGCAGAUUGUAUGCUUUCUCUGAGUGUGAAUGUGUCUAACACACAAAAAACAGGAUUUUCCCUCUUUAUCCCACUAGAGCUUUGGCCAUGAAGCAACACAGAUCUCUGAUACUUCAUCAGAGUUGUCAUUGUGGAUACCAAAUCACAGUUAUAUCACAAGUAUUUUACGCUCUGAUAAGGCACUUUUAUGACUAUGUAUUAUUUUAUACAUUUUCCACUUUGUUUAAAACUGAAAUAUUUUCAUUAAUAUAUAUUUCAGCUGCAAAUUAUGGAAAUAAUGGAAAAUGUCAAAAUCUCUCAUGUUUAAAAAUGUUCAUUUGAUUAUUGUUGAGUAUUUUGUGAAUAUGCUUUCUGAGACACAAAUGCUAUGUCCAGAUCUCUGUAUCACGAGUUAUUAGCCAAAGUACCUCAUUAAAGGACUGUAAUGCUUA